AUGGAUGAUUUUGUAUUCUCGUUUUUCAAGGCAGACUCCAUAUCGGCUUUAACGGGUCACGGAAUGAUUCAUAAGAUUCAAGAAUUGUAUGCUUCCAUCGUUCAUAAUUGGUUACCGGGAGAUCAAAUCUUGCUUUUUGGAUUUUCUCGUGGUGCAUUUAUUGCUAGGAUGAUAGGUGCUUUGAUAGGUGAUGUAGGGAUCUUGCAUCCAACUGAAAUGGAUGGUUUCUGUGAUCUCUUCAAAGCUUAUCAAGUGCUUGGGGUAAAUGGUGCCGAUGAUGGAGCAAAGCAGCAAGCAAACAAAAUUCUGUCUCUUUAUAGGAAGGGUGGCUCAAAAGCCACUAGAGUCAUCCCAGAAGGAACUCUCAAAUGUAUUGGUGUUUGGGAUACAGUGUGUGCUCUUGGGAUGCCUCGCUAUGGAGAGGGCGACUCUCAUCCUUCUUAUUUAGGAUUUUCGGAUGACAUGUUAGGGAACCAUAUUCAAUUUUGCUUCCAUGCACUUGCGAUUGAUGAACAUCGAGGGGACUUUCUUCCGACAAAGUGGGGACAGAAUCCAGAACAACGUCGAGCUGGGCAAGUCUUGAAACAAGUUUGGUUCCCAGGAUCCCACAGCGAUGUUGGAGGUGGUUAUGCUGAGCAUGAGUUGUCUGACAUAGCGUUAAUGUGGAUGGUCGCAAAUGUGAUCGAAAACAAGUUGCUUGCUAUUGAUACUCAGUUUGUUCUCUCGAUUCCUGCUCCAUUAUAUGGUUGGGGGAAAAUGGCAUCACACAAUGAUGGGACUAGUGAUGGCGAAAUGAAAGUCUUUGGUUCUGAUCGGUGA